CAACGCAGCCGAGAAGAGUGGACACUUCAGCGGCGAGGAGGAUUCCAGAAAUGCUUGUCAACGACACGUGUUGAACUGAAACGAAGAAUAACUUUCUCCAUUAAGUCCCCAAAACGCAGGUGAACGCGUUCGCAGUAGCCCCGAUUAGAAAGAAAAAGAAAAAAAUGGGUUGGGAGUGGAGAGACGAAACCAACGAAACGAGUUCUUCGAUAGGAUCUGCCGGCACCGGCGGAACUGAAACCUCAAACUUUGAAUCGGGAGAUAGGUGUUCAACGAGAAGGAUCGUUAAAUCGCAGUGCAAGACCGAAGAGGUUGAGCCUGGGAAGUUUGUCAGGAAGUGCGAAAAGACCGAGCAGAUUCUCAAGGAUUGCGUCGGAAGGCCUGUUGAAGUGGUUAAAUCCAACACAGAAUACACUGAAGAUGAUGUAACAAAUGAGAUGUCAAAAGGGUCUUUUCCCUUUGAGUCAUCUGGUAUGGAACCCUUCAACUUUCCUGGGCUACGCAGUGACAUUGAAGCCAUUGAGCGGAGUGUGUUUGGUGGUCUUAGUCAAUUCUUUGAGGCAGCUGAAGAGAUGAAGAAUGGCUUCUUUCAAGUUUUUGGGACCCCACGUAUUUAUGACAGGGAAUCCUCACCAUCCUUGAGGAGAGGGAUACCAAUCGAAGGCCCACUCGGAAGGGAAGCUCCUCCUCCAACACGAAAAAAUGACGAAUCAGCUUAUUCCGAUUUCGCUGGGCAGGUCAGAGAUGUUUGAUCCCAAGUAGUGGACAAAGUUUUUAGUGACUAUUGAGGUUAGAGAUGUUUCAAUACCCUCUUUAAUUUUGCCAGAACGGGUGGGAUCUUGUUUUAGAAUAGAGUUAUGUGAAUAAAUCUCCUAGUUAUCCUUUUCACUUCAAGUGGUUACGCGAGUUCUUGACUAUCUGGCCCAAUCAUCACUUAAGCUGGUGUACAGAGUUUCUAGUUUCUAUUACCACAUAUGUUUUCCUUAAACUUUCAUUACUGUAUUGUUUGUUUGAUGUCA